UACCUGCCCUGAAAGCCUUGGCCCGGAGACUCGGUCAGGAAGUAGGUGUACGAGGAGGUGGCAGGCUGAUCGCGCGCCUCUACGUCUCUCUGGGGCAGUCUCCAGGGAGCAGAGACUUCUAGCUGACCUCAGCGUCCCGCAGCUGUGCAAGGAAGGGCGGGGCCGCUCCGGCCUGGACAGCGCCCGAAGGCAGCGAGUCCUCUGGAGGCCGCCGUAGUCCCGGGGUGUCGGCGGUCACGUGACCCAAGGCUGUACCAUGGCUUCCACCAAGCCGCUGUCUCGCUUCUGGGAGUGGGGCAAGAAUAUCGUUUGCGUGGGGAGGAACUACGCAGACCACGUCAAGGAGAUGCGCAGCAUCGUGCUGAGUGAGCCUGUGCUUUUCCUGAAGCCGUCCACCGCGUACGCUCCGGAGGGCUCACCGGUGUUAAUGCCCGCUUACUGCCGGAACCUCCACCACGAGGUGGAGUUGGGAGUGCUUCUGGGCAGGCGUGGUGAAGCGAUCCCGGAGGCUGCAGCCAUGGACUACGUGGCCGGCUACGCCCUGUGCCUGGACAUGACUGCCAGAGAUGUGCAGGAAGAGUGCAAGAAGAAGGGGCUGCCGUGGACCCUGGCCAAGAGCUUCAAGUCCUCCUGCCCGGUCAGCGCCUUUGUGCCCAAGGAGAAGAUUCCUGACCCUCAUGCCCUAAGACUGUGGCUCAAGGUCAACGGAGAGCUCAGGCAGGAGGGCAAAACAUCAUCUAUGAUCUUUUCCAUCCCCUACAUCAUCAGCUAUGUUUCCAAGAUAAUAACCUUGGAAGAAGGAGAUCUUAUUUUGACCGGGACCCCAAAGGGAGUAGGGCCAGUUAAAGAAAAUGAUGAGAUCGAGGCCGGCAUAGACGGGGUAGUUAGUAUGAGGUUCAAGGUGGAAAGGUCAGAAUACUGAGUCUUCUUAAUGAGUGCCAAAGGAAGGGAGUCAGAAGCAAGGGAAAUAGAUGCCAAUCAUAAUGAAAAUCUAAAAAUUAUGUCAUUAGAUUGCUAGACAUGUCAAAAAAAAAAAGAUGGAUCCUUUAAAAAAUAAAUAACAUGAUCUAAAAGAACUGGGACAGAAAUGGAAUUGGGAACAACCAACUAAAGGAUAUAUAAUGCUUCCCAAGAGGAGAAUGUGUAAAACCAAACUUUGAGAAGUUGCAGUUUUCUUCUCUAAAACUGCACUGAAUACGACUUCAAUAAAUCAUUCUGAAGUUCAUAGCACGAGACUUAAAAGCUGCAAAGGCAAGUAACUCAUUGAUGGUAUUGGCCUUUAGGAACGCUGUUUGUUCAGAGCACUCCAGUUGACUUCUACUUGGGAAAGUCCUCCACCCCCAAAUCAGAUAAAAUUUCUGUUCAGUGAGCUAUUGGCGCAGGCCUGCCUUGUUUACUUUGGGUGUAUGUGUUGGCUGUGGCUUCUGAGUUUGGAAGAUAAUUUUGAAAUUGUUUUCCAAAUAAAGACCAUUUCUUGGGUCA